AUGUCUCACACGGUCAUUAUUGGCGAUCAGCAUGUGCCAUUAAAGGGCGCUUCUUCUGAUACUCUGGACAAAGUGCUUCAAUUCCAGCCAUUUAAAGACUGGGUUCAGCAAUUCGACAAAGAACAGCAAAAGUGGAAGAACGAAAUGAAGAUCUCCUCUAUUGAGGUUCAAAGUACCGAUGUUUUUAGCUCAGAAAAGCUCGGUUUUGUAAAGUUGAAAGCAGACGUGAAGUUCAAAGAUACCGAUAGCAGCGCUCCGGGUAUCGUAUUUAUGCGGGGCGGAUCGGUAUCUAUUCUAAUCAUUCUACGACCAAACGAUGCGGAAGGCGAAGACCGAGUUAUUUUGACGCUACAGCCUCGUGUUCCGGUGCCUUCGCUUUCUUUCCCAGAACUGCCAGCUGGCAUGCUGGACGGAUCCGGGAAUUUUUCAGGCGCAGCUGCCAAGGAAAUUGAAGAGGAAACAGGCCUUCAAAUCAAGGAUGACGAACUGUGUGAUUUGACCGAAUUAGCAUAUGGAGAUAGCCAGUGGCGAGGAGUAUAUCCUUCAGCUGGUGGAUCUGACGAGUUUUUGCGCCUUUUCACCUGCGUCAAACAUAUGAAGAAAAGUGAGAUCAAUCAGUUGGAAGGGAAACUGACAGGUUUACGCGAUCAUGGAGAGAAAAUCACUCUCAAAGUUGUACCCCUGAAGAAUGCCUGGAAAGAAGCUCCCGAUGCCAAACUUUUAUCGAGUCUGGCUCUGUACAAAUGCUUAAAGGAAGCGGGUAAAAUCGAUACAUAG